AUGCGAUAUAAUACUAUGAUUCCCCCUUUGGAGAAUACGGACAGCACCUUCAAGCCAGUCUUGAUUUAUUCUCCCGUCGCUCGUCACUCCGCGCUUUGCAGUGUAGCCACGAAGCAUGAUAAGUAUUAUCGAGAUGCUAUUACAUACAGUAUGCGUAAGAGCAUGAAUGAGUUUAAAUCCAGAAUACUGGUUGCUGCAACCAUUCAUCCACCGUUCUGCAAGGCUCAAAUCAUCUGUCGCGAUUUGCAAUCGAUGAAAAUAACCUGUGUUGUUGACCUUUCGGCUUCCUGUAGCGAAGCUCGCUUAGCGCCAAAAGGGGAAGGAUGA